AUGCGGGGCGAGGCUGACCCCAGCACCUUCACCCUGAGCCUCUCCUUCCAAGGCCUGGUGGGUGUCCGGCCCUUACGCCUCCAGACCAGAGACACCAUGCAGCUCCUGACACCACAGACACAGCAGCUCAGGGAGAGGAUUGGUGAGAAACUGCUGCAGGGCCGCAUAGUUCUGGCACUGGAGGGCGGCUUCAACCUCACCACCAUCAGCUACUGUAUGACGCUGUGUGCCAAGGCCUUGCUGGGGGAUCUGCUGCCCCCCCUUGAGCCCCAGCUGGUGCCCAACAAGAGUGCCGUGCAGACCACCAAUGGGGUCAUCCGUACCCACAGCCGCUACUGGCUGGCGCUCUGCUUCAAGUGUUAUGACAACGCCCACCGCCCCGUGUUCCCCGGCUGCCAGUCCUACGACGACAUCCACGUGACGGAGAACGUGACGGCUGGCAGCCCCGUCCUCCUGCGCCUGGACCGUGACGGCGAGGACAAAGAGUUCUUCCUGACGGUCAUCGCGAAGGACAGUGGCUUGCAGCCCCGCCAGACGUCGUGUUCCUUCAGGGUCGUGGUGGAGGACGUUAACGACAACCCGCCCGUGUUUGACCUGCCGCGGUACGAGCAGACGCUGGCCACAGACCACAACCCGGCCACCCCGGUGCUCAGGGUCUCCGCCUCUGACCGGGACACAGGUGAGAAUGCAAGAAUCAAUUACCACCUUGAGGGGCACCCGAACCACCUGGAGUUCUUCUACCUAGAGCCUCUGACAGGCGUUCUCACCCUAAAGCGACCUCUUCAACCGACUAUGGUGAGUACUGCAAGGGCGGCGGACGAAGAGGGAGGAGGGAGAUAAGGGUGACGGUUCAUGGGAGGCGGCCUGAGAACGGAGGUGAAGAGAGAAGGAGAGGAUGAUGGAUGGAAGAAGGGAGAGGUCAGAGGGCAGAGGAAAGGGUGAAAAGGAGGGAAGAA